CAGUUUUAACCGAUCCCAAGCUAUCAUUUAAAAGGGCAAUAGAACAAGUGGAUCUUCCAACAUAUUCGAACAUUUCCAUCAUCCGUUUUUUUUUCAUAUCGAAAAAUGCCCGAAAGAAGACGCGUGCAGGACCUCAAAGUUCGAGCAACUCCCACGCUAUCGUCUACUGACCUACCAAUGAGCCCAGUAACCCCGACGAUGACAGACAAAGUGCUUGAACUAGACAGCAACAAUAAUGUCAAUAACAACAGCAAGGACAUUGCCGCCGUACGCGAGGACGUGAAAACAGUCAUUAUGGCAGUUGAAGACUUGAACGAGAUGAUUGAACAGGUCAAUGAGCGUGCCAGUAAACGCAUUGCAGAACUGGAGGAACGGGUGUUGAAGCUGGAAGGGCAGGCGGCAUCUGUCCAGCAGGAGAAACAAGCUUCCAGCGUCGGGCAAAAGAGAUUGAGACAAGACGACGAAGAAUGGGAAGAGAACCAUCAAAAGCCGAAAGCAAAUCUGUCAGCGGAGGACCAACUCGUUGAAGGGCGCCCAGUCAAGAGACCAAAGUCAUGGGUUGGGUCGCUCUGGCCAUUCUAGUAGUAUUUAUUCGACUCUAUUACCAUGUUGUUAUCUAUAUAGAUAUCUACUCUCAAAUACUUUUCCGCUAUUGUACUUUGCGUCCGUGCUAGAACAGCAUCCGAAUGAAAUACCCACCAAAAGAUAAUCCCCG